UCAGGUUGAUAGCUGAGUACGACGGGAACCACGGGAACUCAGAUGCAAAAUACAGCGUGAUACAACGUAGAUUGUAAGGCCGGAAAACAAAAUUUUUGGAAAAAAAUAAGUCAAAAAAUAAUUAGUGUUAUAGAUUAAGAUUAAAUUUUGUGAGAGCGUUUUAACGCCUCGGUUCAACUAAAGAUAUCAUUAUUAAAAUUCCAAUUACUCCAUAAAUAUAACAACUUUAACAUUGUGUUAAGAGUUAAAAGUAGACGAGUCAUCACUACAGUCCAAGAUGGCAGAAGGCCAAGAAACUCCAAAGAAAAUUACAAUUUUCGUUAAAACACCGAAAGAAAAGCAAUCUUUUGAAAUCGAACCUAAUGCAGCGAUUAAAGAUUUUAAGAAAGUUGUAGCAGAAAAAUUUAACGCUCAAAUAGAACAAUUGUGCCUCAUUUUUGCUGGAAAAAUCAUGAAAGAUACUGAGACACUUGAGACACAUAAUAUUAAAGAUGGUUUGACGGUUCAUUUAGUCAUAAAAACGCCAAAACCAGCUCAACCUCCAGCACCAGAACCAACACCAGUGUCGGGAAUAGGAGGAAUAGGAGCUGAUGCAAACACAAAUCCUUUUGGCCUUGGAAGUUUGGGAGGUUUUGCAGGUUUAGAAAAUUUGGGUAUAGGUUCUGCUAAUUUUAUUGAUAUGCAACAACGUAUGGAAAGAGAAUUAUUAUCCAAUCCUGAAGUAAUGCAUCAAGUCAUGGAUAAUCCUUUAGUGCAAAGUUUAAUGGAUAAUCCAGAAAAUGUUCGUCUACUUGUAUCUGCUAACCCUCAAAUGCAAGAGUUGAUGCAACGUAAUCCGGAAAUUAGUCAUAUGUUGAAUAAUCCAGAAUUACUGAGACAAACAAUGGAAUUAGCUCGUAAUCCAUCAAUGCUUCAAGAAUUAAUGCGUACACAUGAUCGAGCUUUAUCUAAUCUCGAAAGCAUUCCAGGUGGACAUAGUGCCCUUCGUCGUAUGUAUCGUGAUAUACAAGAGCCAAUGCUUCAAGCAAAUGAGAGAAAUCCAUUUGCAGCAUUGGUAGAAAACAGUAAUAAUUCGGAUGCCUCAGUGACAAAUCCACAACAAGGUCAAGAAAAUCGAGACCCAUUACCGAAUCCUUGGGGCUCUGAUCGUCCAGAGUCUGGUAGUACUCCAGUUAGUGGUGGUGGUGGCGGUGGUGGCAGUAAUUCUAGCAUGAGAGGACUCUUAGAAUCGCCAGGAAUGCAAAGCCUAAUGAGACAAAUGAUGGAAAAUCCUCAAUUAAUGAGAAACAUGUUAAUUGCACCAUACACUAGAUCAAUACUUGAAGCAAUGGCUGAUGAUCCAGCAAUUGCUGAAUCAUUAUUGACAGUUAAUCCAUUUUUCAGAUCGAAUCCUCAACUUCAAGAACAAAUGAGGGUAAUGUUACCAGCAUUUGUGCAACAAUUACAGAAUCCUCAAAUGCAAAAUAUUGUUACAAAUCCUGAUGCUCUAGCAGCUAUUAUUCAAAUUCAACAGGGAAUAGAACAGUUGAGAACUGCUACUGGUGGUAAUUUAGGAGGUCUAGGUCAAACACCUCCACCAACAACUGGAUCAACUACAACAACGACUACAACAACAACAACUGGUGGUGGAGCUCCAACAACUAAUACUAAUACAACAUCAACUACAGAUGCAACUACACAAGAUGCUUUUACACAAUUGAUGGCACGAAUGGUAUCUGAAAUGGCUUUACAUCAAGGUGGAGUUGAGGGUGUUGAUGGUCAAGCUGUCCAACCACCAGAAGAACGUUACCGAACACAAUUAGAACAACUCACAGCUAUGGGUUUUGUUAAUAGAGAUGCUAAUCUUCGUGCUCUUAUUGCUACCUAUGGAGAUAUUAAUGCUGCAGUCGAAAGAUUACUUGCUGAUGGUCAAGUUUCAAUGAGCUAACCGCCAAUAUUACAGUAAAUAAAAGAAAGCUAAUGAUAAAAAAAAUAAAUGAUGUGGGCAAAAUAAUUAAGAUUAAUAUAAAUUCAUUCACAUUUUCUUUGGUUCUCAGCAGAAAUCACGCUAAUGACUCGUUAUAAUAGCAUUUUCUAUUAUUGAUGUGAAUUUGACUAUUGUUAAUAAACGGUUGAUGUAUGUAAGCAAAA